AUGUCUUUUUUACCUGGGUUGACUGAAGAGGCUCAAGUUCCAGAUAUAUAUAUCGACGUUAAUGAGGUACAUACUCAAAUUCUUCCCAUGGGUACCCUUUGGAAAAUAAAAGUACCUUCAGAGUCCAAAAUGAGCAUAAAAAUUCUUACGGGUAUUGCGGAAAUUUUUGGUACUGAGUUGGCCAACAAUAUUGAAUAUAACUUCCAGAAUUGGAAUUUCACUGUUUAUGCUGUCGAGGAAGUCUAUCUUGAAUGGAAAGGUACUGAUCCUCACCCGGCAGUCGAAGGAGAAGAUAUCAUUCCAAAUGAUUCUGCCAAGAAUAUAUACAAUUUACACUUUGCAUUAGAAAAAAUGAGGAAUUCAACGUUUGAUGGUCCAAAAGUAAUGAUUAUAGGUAAUAAGAGGGCUGGUAAGACAGCUCUGUGUAGAACAUUAUGUUCAUAUACAAUCAAAUUCAAGUCAUAUCAACCAAUGUUCAUCAAUCUGAACCCUCAGGAGAGUAUAUUCAGUCCUCCGGGUUGUCUUUCUGCCACACCUAUAUCUGAUAUCCUAGAUGUUCAGUUACCGAUUUGGGGACAGAGCAUGACAAGUGGGGCAACAGCAUUACAUAGUAAACAGCCUUUGUUGAAACUCUUUGGCCUAGAAAUGAUUCCAGAAAACAGAGAACUAUAUAUGGCAACAGUGAAGAUGUUAGCAGAAGAUGUAAGUGAACGAUUACAAAGAGAUGCAUUAAUACAGAGGUCAGGAUGUAUAAUAAAUACCCCACCGUUAUCACAAUUAGACGAUACCUUAAAAGAAUUAGUUGAAAUUAUUCACGAUUUUAAAGUCAAUCUGGUCAUAAUGAUAGCAGAUGAAAGCAAUGAUGAUGACAUGGCCCAAUUCGAACGAGUAUCUCAGGUCAUUAAACCAUUCGUAGGUGACUUUCUAUUAAGGUUACCUCGAUUGACUGGAGUAAUAGAAUCUGAUGAUACAUACGAAAGAUCACAACAACGCAAUGCAAUUAGGGAAUAUUUUUACGGUAAUUCGCACACUGCAUUAAGCCCAUUUUCUGUUUCAAUUGACUAUGAAGACUUAGUUUUAUGGGAACCAAUGAACUUAUUAGAUCCAGGAAGUAAUGAAGUAUCAAAUACCUCUAUUGAUAAAUUAGAACUGAGACAGGUUCAGAUUACACCAAGUGUAAUCCAACAUGCAUUAAUAUGUAUUACAUUUGCCGAUAAACAUGCUAAAGCCAACGAUGUGUCUAAAUCAUCGAUAUUAGGGUUUGCACUAGUGACUGAAGUUAACGAAAAAAGGAGAAAGGUCCGUAUAUUAAUUCCUGUGCCAGGUAACUUUCCAAAUUGUGCCACUUUGUUGACAAGUUACAGGUAUUUGGAAUAA